CCCACCUCACCUAAGAAGGAUCCGCCCUCCCCUUGACAUGGCUCGACGUCGGCUUCGCUGGUCGCUGCUGGCGGUGUCGCUGUUGGUAUUCGACAGUGGGCGGCACAGUGGGCAGCUGGGUGUGGCCAUCACAUGGCCAUGGAAUGCAGAGGAGCAGCGGCUGGAGAAGGAGAAGGAGAUCGAGGCAAAGCGGAUCGCAGCAGAGGAGAGGGAGAAAGAAAAGCAGAGGAAAAAGGACGAAGAAGAAGCCAUGAAGCGGCAACAGGCAUUGGAGGAACAGGAGCGAAAGCGGAAGCUGAAAGAGCUCGCAGAAGUUGAGAUCGAAGCGGUUAAGAAGGCUCGUCAGGCGGCGCGGAGGCCUUUGAAUUCCUUCGAGGAGCGACGUGUCCGACGCCAGGCACGCUCUGAGUUCGCGGGUGGUGGCGGGCUUCAGUUGGGUCAACAAGAUGACUGGGCAAAACCGCUGAAACCGGAGGUCAAAACACAACUGGAUGACGCGGUGCGCUUCUUCAGCGAGACCAUGUUCACCCCGGCUGCAUUGAUCGGCUCUGCGGCCCUGGGGCUUCUCUUCAUGCCUCCGGCAAAAUUCUCCUUCUCGGACCAAACGCAGCAGCCCUACAAGGUCUUUCAGUUCUUGUAUCGUGUCUAUGUCUUGUUGGCCUCUGCCACGAUCUGUCUUGAGCUCACUACGGUCUUGGAGACCUCCAACGCUCACGUGCAACUGCUGGAGCUGGGGCGACAGGGCCUUGCCUUGGAACCCACAGCUAUGGAUCUCAUCAUGGCCAAUUUAGAGUUCGAGUACUUGCUUUGCAGCCUGAGCUUUUUUGGCGGAGUGGUUUGCUUCGUUUCAGCGACCCUUUGUCGGGUUUUAGUGGUCUUCGGUUAUGACCACCAAGCUCGUUUCCUGCCCAGAGAGCCUGAACUGUGCCUGGCGGUGAGUGGCAUGAUGCUGAGCAGCUUGUUCUGGUGGCUACACCUGGUGAACAUGCGCUUCACCGAGUUUCAGAACUUCGGAUCCAUGAUCUGGAGGUUCUUUCUCCUGCUGUUGGCACGUUUCCGCAAUGGCGAGGUGGGUCCUACGGGCUACGCUGCGCUCUUCUGGAGCUGUGUGAGCGUGCUGGCAGCAGGCAGAAUCUUGAUGAUGGAAUAUCUUGGCCCGGUGAGGGUCAUUCCAGCGGAGACUGAAAAGGACGGCUGACGGCGGCAAAAAAGGACGCAUAGACUCCGUGCUGCCGCAGCCACACUGCCAUCGACAGCGC